GUUUGAUGGCAUCUCUGUUUACAGAGUUUACUCUUUAAUAUCAACCUGUUUCCUCCUCCUCCUUCUCCUCCUCCUCCUCUACGAUCUCCUCCUCCUCCUCCUCCUUCUCCUGAGAAACUUCAUUCGGGUGGUGUGGAGCUCCAUUAAGCAGCCGGCGAAGGCAGGGGCAGCCCCCCUCCCCAUCCAGUCCCCGCUUCCCGGUGCUAAGUGCCUAGCAGCAGGAUGGCCAGGAGACCCAGGCACAGUAUAUAUAGUAGUGAUGAGGAUGAAGAAGAUAUUGACAUAUAUGAUCAUGACUACGAUGGACUACUUCCCAAGACUGGGAAACGACACUUAGGAAAAACCAGGUGGACCAGAGAGGAGGAUGAGAAGCUAAAGAAGCUAGUGGAACAAAAUGGAACAGAUGAUUGGAAAAUUAUUGCUAAUUUUCUUCCUAAUCGGACAGAUGUACAGUGCCAGCAUCGAUGGCAAAAAGUACUGAAUCCUGAACUAAUCAAAGGACCAUGGACGAAAGAAGAAGAUCAGCGAGUGAUAGAACUUGUACAGAAAUAUGGUCCGAAACGUUGGUCUGUUAUUGCCAAGCACUUGAAGGGAAGAAUUGGAAAACAAUGUAGGGAGAGGUGGCACAACCAUUUAAAUCCAGAAGUUAAGAAAACCUCCUGGACCGAAGAGGAAGACAGAAUAAUAUACCAGGCACACAAGAGACUGGGGAACAGAUGGGCAGAAAUCGCAAAACUACUGCCGGGACGAACUGAUAAUGCUAUCAAGAACCACUGGAAUUCUACAAUGCGUCGAAAGGUUGAACAAGAAGGUUAUCUCCAGGAGUCUCCCAAGGCCAACCAGCCAACAGUAGCCACAAGUUUUCAGAAGAACAAUCAUUUAAUGGGUUUUGCCCACACACCACCCUCUGCACAGCUCCCAUCAACUGCCCAGACCCCAGUUAGCAACGACUAUUCCUAUUAUCAUAUCUCUGAAACACAAAAUGUCUCCGGUCAGAUUCCAUAUCCUGUCGCAUUGCAUGUAAAUAUUGUCAAUGUCCCUCAGCCAGCUGCUGCAGCUAUUCAGAGACACUAUAAUGAUGAAGACCCUGAGAAAGAAAAACGAAUAAAGGAAUUAGAGUUGCUACUAAAGUCGACUGAGAAUGAACUGAAAGGGCAGCAGGCAUUACCAACACAGAACCACACAUCCAGCUACCCAGGCUGGCACAGUACAACAAUUGUCGACCAUACCAGACCUCAUGGUGACAGUGCACCUGUUUCCUGUUUGGGAGAACAUCACUCUGCUCCAUCUUUACCAGUGGACCAUGGCUGUUUACCUGAAGAGAGUGCAUCCCCAGCAAGGUGCAUGAUCGUUCACCAAGGCAAUAUUCUGGAUAAUGUUAAGAACCUCUUAGAAUUUGCAGAAACACUCCAGUUUAUAGAUUCUGAUUCUUCAUCAUGGUGUGACCUCAACAGUUUUGAAUUCUUUGAAGAAGCAGAUAUUUCACCUAGUCAACAUCACUCAAACAAGGCCAUACAACUUCAGCAAAGAGAGGGCAGUGUGUAUAGACCUGAAGGAUAUAUUAGCACAAACUUGAGCAAAUGCAUGUUGAGUCAGGGUUUACUUGACUCAUCCAAGUCCUUACCUACCACCGCAAGGCACAGCACAAUUCCACUCGUCAUCCUUCGAAAAAAAAGGGGGCAUGCGGGCUCCCUAUCUACUGGAGACUAUAGCUCAUUCAUAUUUUCUGACGUCAGCAAUUCCACUCCCAAGCGUUCCCCUGACAAAAGUCUACCCUUCUCUCCCUCUCAGUUCUUAAACACUUCUAAUAACCAUGAAAAUAUGGAUAUGGAUAUGCCUACUUUAACUUCCACCCCACUCAAUGGUCAUAAAUUGACUGUUACAACACCAUUUCACAGAGACCAAACUGUUAAACUUCAAAAGGAAAAUAAUAUUUUCAGAACACCAGCUAUAAAAAGGUCAAUAUUAGAGAGUUCUCCAAGAACUCCAACUCCAUUCAAACAUGCCCUUGCUGCACAAGAAAUAAAAUAUGGUCCUUUGAAGAUGCUACCUCAGACACCAUCUCAUCUUGUAGAAGAUCUGCAAGAUGUCAUCAAACAAGAAUCUGAUGAAACAGGAAUUGUAUCAGGUUUUCAUGAAAACAGUCCACCUUUGUUAAAGAAGAUCAAGCAAGAGGUGGAAUCUCCAACUACUAAAACAGGAAACUUCUUCUGCUCCAAUCAUUGGGAAGGACAGAAUUUAAACACUCAGCUAUUCACACAGGCAUCUCCUAUGGAAGAUGUGCCAAAUCUUCUUACAAGUUCUGUUUUAAUGAUGCCAGUAUCAGAAGAUGAUCUCAAAACGUUUACAGUACCUAGAAAUAGAUCCUUGGCUAGCCCUUUGCAGCAUCUUAGUAAUGCCUGGGAAUCUGUAUCCUGUGGGAAGACAGAAGAUCAAAUGAUGGCCUCUGAUCAAGGACGGAAAUAUAUAAAUGCAUUUUCUACCAGGACUCUGGUCAUGUGAGACUCUUUCAGACAAGCAUUAUGGUUUUCAGAACACUUCAGAAUGACGUGGGAUUUACCAUUCCUCUACAUGAAUCUCUUCAUGAAUGGGAGAAGGACCUAUUUUUGUUGUGGUACAACAGUUGGGAGCAGCACCAAGUGCAUCUUUAGUCACUGAGCAUAUUCUUGUUGGAUUUCACCCAACUAAAAUAAUUUUUAUAUAAAUGACAGUUCUACCUAAAUUAUUAGGUAAUAAAUUAUAAUCAGUUAUUAAAUAUCUUAAUGCAGAAUUUUAAAAAAUUUAAAUGAUUUCCCCCCUGUAUUUUUGAAGAUCCAACAGACCAGUAUUGUUUUCCUGUGAUGACUUGCUUUGGAAUUUUGUAUAAAGAACAGGUACUCAAACAUUUCUCUUUCUAAAUCACUAAACAGAAUUCAUUGAUAUGAGACAAAUCAGUAAAAGCAUUACUAUUAAUGUUAGUUUAAUACCAAGGGAAAACUAGUCAAAACUGUAAACGCUCAUGGUGACAAAGUUUGAAGUACUCUGAUUUUGUUACUGUACUAAACCUUGUUUUGUGUGUUUUGUUUUUGGUUAGCUUGCUUUAAAAAUUGUUACUGUAUGAAACAUAGUUUUAUGAGAACAAAUUAUAUUUUUAUUCAAUAAUUUAAUUUUGUAAAUGCCAAAUGGAUAAUGUGUUUUGCUGCUAUGAACUUUUAGCAUAUAGACAUGCUGCUAGUGUAAAGGAGGCAGUAGAGCUUAAUUCAAAAAGGAAACAAACUUGGUUUUAGCUAAUUGGCUUUGCCUUAGAAUUUCUGACUUUUUUUUUUAUUUUUUAUAUAUACAUACUUAUUUUCCUUUUGUAAUGCAUUGGGAGUUUUAUUCUGGGAGAUUCUAUGUUCGUUUGGUUUUUUGUUGGUUUGAAAAGCAUGUGUUGCACCUUCUUUUAUUUUUGGGAGAUCUCUGUGUUGUUCAUGUUGUCUGUUCUGUUUUGGUCAGUAAAUCAAUUAAUCAAUAAGAAUUUAUUAAUUACCUACUAUAUGCCAGGUGCUGUGCUAAGCACUGGAGAUACAAAGAAAGGCAAAAACAAAAGAACCCAGGUCCCCUUUUCAAGGAAAUCACAUUCUAAUGGGGAACACAAUAUGCAAACAGUUAUAGUGACAGGAAUAAAUUGGAGAUGAUCAACAGAGGGAAGGUACUAGGAUUAAGGGAGAUGGGGAAAGGCUUCUUGUUUCAUAUUCCAGCUGAUCAUUCCUUAAUUCAACUUUUAUAUAUUUGAUUGGUGAUCCAAUUGUUUAAAAUUGUAUGGUUCUGAGUAUUGCCAUACUUAGCUUUCACAGAUCUGCAGCUAUAGAGGUAGAACACUGAUAUUGAUAGCUAAGCCUGACUUUGCUGCCUUAAUAAUAUUUUGUGCAGGCUAAUCUGCACUUAAUUUUUGAUAUGACAAUGUACUUAACUGCCUUGUAGAAAAAUAAAGUUGUGUCCCUAUUUUACUUA